GCUCGUGCGUGCCUUGUUCGGUUUGCAGUUCAGACAAAGAAAAUUGUUGAGUUGAUACUUCACUCGGACAAAAAGAAAAAAGUCUAGAUCCACUUGUACUAGCCACUGAUGUGUACUUCUUUGACAAGAUACUGCAGGUUUGAAAAUUCAGCGAUGAAAAACUCUUCCUUCUUGAUACUUAUCUUGAUUGGUUUUGUUUUCUUUGCAUCCGUUAUCGAAGUAAACAGUAACUGUACCCCUGGUGGAGCAAAGAAGGAAUGUGGCGAACACAAACAGUGCUUGAAGAAGGGAGUAAAUAACACCUACCACUGUGUUUGUAAGGCAGGAUUUAUGACACUUGGAGACUCCUGUCAAGAUAUGGACGAAUGUCAGGAAAAAGAUAUUCGAUCGAAAUGCAAGCGAAAAGGAGCGAAGUGUAAAAAUAUACCAGGUUCUUAUACGUGCAAGUGUCCGCAAGGAUUUGAAAUGAAUUUGGAGUCGGAUCAUUGUGAAGACCUAGACGAAUGUGAAGACAAACCAUGUCACGAAAAAGCCGUUUGUCACAAUGAGAGGGGUUCCUACAGUUGUGCAUGCGUGAAAGGAUUUGCCGGUGAUGGACAUGAGUGUGUCGAGGACAUGGCGUACAAACAGAAACAAAAAAUACAGCAGAUCAUAACGAUUGGGGGCGCGGCUGGAGGAGGGACGUUGUUCCUUAUCGCCUUGAUAGUGUGUUUCUUGGGAGCGAGGAAGAAAAAACCAGAGGAGAAAGAAGAAAAAGGGAUAGAAGAACAGGACUCUACUACCACUGUGUAUAGCAGGUGGGAGAGUUCUGAGGAAUCAGAUGAUGAUGACGACGAUGAGUAGCACUGUUAAGAAAUAUCUUCUGAAUUCAAGUUACAGAUCGUGUUCUAAUUAUGUCAAACAACAGGAGGACAAAGCCCUGAAACGCAAAUUUCUAUUUAAGGGACAUCUUUAGUUUCCAAGUAAUAGUGCUGUAUUGUUUUGAUUUUUUUUUUUCAUGUUUCUUUGUUUUUUAAACCUAACGUAAUCUGGCCUUGACAACUUGAAAAACAAAAUCUCACAGAAAGAAUAUCUUCAAAUUUGAAAGUUUACAAGCAAAAACAGCCAUGUUUGCCUUAUGCAUAUUAAUAAAAUAUCAUUUCAAGGUUA